AUGUUCCAUCUAGCCUGGGUUGUCAGUCGAGAGAUCCCCUUCUGUUUCGUCUCAAGCGUCUCAGCUACUUUGCCUCUCGCUCUGUUGCCUGUAAAAACGCUUUGUCAGAAACGAUCUCUUCAGAUGCAGAAGGAAGUUGAACAGAGAGGCUUGCUCCGUCUUGAGCAGUCACGUCUCAUCCAAAAGGUCAAAGAGGAAAGCCAACUCAUGGAGGAGUACGUGGUCGAAAUCGACCGGCUAAACAACGUCAUCAACGUCCUUGAGAAAGAAAUGCUCAACACCAAGAGGGUGUAUCAAACAGCGAUUGAGUCGCGAAAUCUCACUGGCAUUCAGCUGAUUGACAGGCAAGCGCAAGACAAGGACACAGAAAAGAAAAGCCAGCGCGCCCUCCACGAGAAAGAGCAGGAUGUCAACACGCUCCGGCUUCAACUGCAAGAAGUCGAAAGGCAACUGCUUUCGAAAAAGAGAAGGGCGAAAGAGGUGCCCAUUUUGACGGCGGAAGUCGAGAACUUGAAGACGCAACUUCAGGAAGAAAAACAACUGGCAGAAAACAUCAGUCGCAAACUAGAAAACCCAACUGAGGGCAGACAGUGGCAAGAACUUGGAGGGGAAGAUCCAGAUAUGGAAACAUUGGAGGCGAAAUAUCGGGUGAUUGAGCAACGUUUCAGAAGUGUAAAGAGCGAGCUCAUUGAUCAAGACUUGCGCCUUGAAGACUUAACGGAGUUGACAGAAAAACAGAAAGCGAGAGCCGCAGAAGAGCACUCGGACGCGAUUCGAAUUCGCAGCGAAAUUCUUAGACUCCACGGCAAACUGAUCGAAAUGAACCGGCGCAUGAAGGUGACGAUGUCUGAGUUGACGCUCUACAAGGAGUAUUUGCCGAGACUUAAGCAGCUUCAGGCAGAAAUAGCACAGAGCGUGGAGAACGCCCGUGAAAAUGUCUUCUUCGGUAGACCUGCUACACCAAACGCAGAGGAAGAACUUGCCGAUAUGCUCAAGAGAGAGGUGGCUAGAAAUCAGAUCCUCUACGCAGCUAAAUUGCGCACUCUCGAAGAGCAGCGUGAGGUAACAACAUUACGGUAA